CCUGACAUCCAUGACCUGCAGAGCAGCCAUGCACUGCUUGACUUCCUACGCAAGGAGUGUGGGGGUCUGGAAGUACUGGUCAACAACAUGGGCAUCUCCUUCAGAACAAAUGAUCCGACACCGUUUCACAUUCAAGCAGAAGUGAUGAUGAAAAUAAACUUCUUUGGUAGCUGAGGCAUGUGCACAAAACCGCUGCCUCCAAUGAAACCCCAAGGCAGAGUGGUCACUGUGUCUAGCAUAACGAGCUUCAUAGCUCUUAAGAACUGCAGCUCAGAACUGCAGAAUUCUAGAAGUGAGACCAUCACAGAGGAGGAGCUGGUGGGGCUCAUGAACAAGUUCGUGGAAGACACAAAGAGUGGGGUACACAGGAAGGAGGGCUGGCCUGAUACGAGGGCACUCACAUAUGGAGUGUCAAAGAUGGGUGUCACCGUCCUGUACAGAAUCCAUGCCAGGAAACUGAGGGAGCAGAGGAGGGGAGACAGGAUCCUCCUGAAUGCCUGCUCCCCUGGGUGGGUGAGAACAGACAUGGGUGGACCUACAGCCAUUAAAAGCCCAGAAGAAGGAGCAGAGACCCCCGUCUACUUGGCCCUUUUGCCCUCAGAUGCUAAGGGGCCUCACGGGGAGUUUGUUACGGAGAAGAAAGUUGAACAAUGGGGACCCUACCCUCAGUUCCCUCCGUGGGACCCAUUAUGA